UUUAGGUUUCAAUUUCGGUUUGACUCAGAAAAAAAAUGGAGUCUGAUAUUUGAGUCUAAAGUUAGCUUGAUACACAAAAGGCUUCGAUAAGCAUUAGCGUGCUUUAACUUAAUACGCUUUAAUACGCAUUGAAUCGCUUCCAACUGUUCCCUGCGCGUCGCUUUGUUUUCAGCUCGUCAGUUAUUUUACUGUCGGUGUCGUUAAAAACUGUCUGCCAUGUUGGGAGAAGCAGAGCCGCAAUGGUUGUCCGAGGAGGUGAAAACAGGAACAACUAUAAUCGCCAUAGAGUUUAAUGGAGGCGUCGUGUUGGGCUCUGAUUCCAGAGUGUCUGCAGGGGAGUCCGUGGUGAACAGGGUGAUGAAUAAAUUGUCUCCACUCCAUGAUAAGAUCUACUGCGCCCUGUCAGGAUCCGCUGCAGACGCUCAGACCAUCGCUGAGAUGGUGAACUACCAGCUGGAUGUCCACAGCAUGGAAAUCGGUGAGGACCCACAGGUUCGCUCAGCUGCCACUCUAGUGAAGAACAUUUCAUACAAAUACAAGGAGGAGCUGUCAGCUCAUCUUAUUGUCGCUGGAUGGGACAGAAAAGAUGGAGGACAGGUUUUUGCCACCCUGAAAGGUCUCCUGACCAAACAGCCUUUCGCUGUUGGCGGCUCAGGAAGCUCCUACGUUUAUGGAUUUGUUGAUGCUGAGUAUCGAAAAGGAAUGAAUAAGAAGGAGUGUCAGCAGUUUGUGGUUAACACUCUCUCUUUGGCCAUGAACCGCGACGGCUCCAGCGGUGGCGUGGCCUACUUGGUCACCAUUGACGAACACGGCACAGAGGAGAAAGUCAUUCUGGGAAAUGAUUUACCAACCUUUUUUGAUCAGUGAUCUUUCUUUCAUCGUCAGUUUUUUUUUUUAAUGAUACAUGUGUCCGUUCACUGGACUGUAAACCUGGAACCAGUGUACAUUUAUCAAAAUCAAAUAAAUUGCAGUUCUCUCUAAGUUUCAAA